AUGUCGGGAGCAAUUGGAGAAGGAUAUGCUGCCACAACCACGGACGCUGGACUAGGUGAUGCUGGAUCCCCCGAGCCAUGGGCUCUGAACAGCCCAGGCAACGUCAACCUCUACAAUCUUCAAAACCUUGGUUAUGUUUCCUUAAACGAUCAAUCGAUUAUCGGAAAAAGUCUCGUCAAAAGCUUUUACGGCCGUGACCCAGAAUACUCCUACUGGAGUGGCUGCUCUCAGGGUGCUGAAGCCAUCAAGCAAUGCGAUUCAAACGAUGGCGUUCGAGACGGAGUGAUCUCACAGGAGGGCUGUAAUUUCGACGCCCUCUCAGUCGUGAAUCAGACUUUCCACUGCGAGUCGAGUCAGAAGAAGAUGUCCCCCAGUAAGGCUGCAGCACUGGUUUCCAAUGCAGCCUGGUCGGGACCUCGGACUGCCACCGGCGAUUUCCUGUGGCAUGGACACAAUCGAGGAGCAGACCUCAAUCAAUUCGGCACUGUCCCGGGAACUCAUCACGAGUACGAUGUGAUGUUCCGUCCGGCUGUUCAAGAAUAUGCCGGCUUGGUGAACGCCGACAACGUGGAUCUUACUGAGUUCAAGAAUGCAGGUGGAAAGCUUAUCUCAUAUCACGGAAUGGCCGACGAAUCUAUCCCGGUAAAAAGUUCAGAGCACUUUUAUCGAGGGGUCAGCGAAGCUAUUGCCAAUGUUCAGAGCUUUUAUCGUUACUUUGAGGCACCAGGCUUGGGUCAUUGCUCUGGCGGUAAUGGAGCGCAGCCUCUUACUACAUUCAACGCUCAUCGAAGUUGGGUUGAAGAUGGCGUUGUCCCAGAAACCUUGCCUGUCAAGUUCAACGGUACAGAUUGUGUUGAACAAAACCGAAUUCUCUGUCCUUACCCAGCGAAGGCCGUGUACCGCGGUGGUAAUGCUUCAGAAGCUGGUAGCUUCCAAUGUUCCAGCAAUUCAACAAUGGCUUCGAUGGGCACAAAGCCCUCUCAGCGGCGUCGUUUCCACUAG